CUUACAAUCGUACACAACUAGCUAACGUUAGCUAGCUGCUGGUGUGCGUUUCUUUUCGCAAAAAUGGCCAAAAUAGAGUUGCUAAGUUUGUUUCUCACUGAACGAUUAACGUCAGCUGCACAGGAUAUUUAUAAAAUGGUAGAAGAAACGUUUGCAGAAUACCAAGCAGAGGUCACUUACGUAAAGAGAGAGAAUGCAUUUCUACGGAAGCAGUUAAAUGCUAACAGACCGAGAAAAGUGAACUUAAAACGAGGUCUACGACAGAUCACCAGCAUUGUCUCUGUAGCAGGAGCUCCCCCAAAGCUGCUGCAGCAGAGUGUGCAGGAGUCGAGCCCCAGUAUGGGGAAGGAGGUAUCACAAACUGAGGAGAAGAAGCAAGCAAGGACCAGUCAGGGGGAGGAGCAGUUUCAAGAGUCAGGAACGACAGAGUCGACGCCUACACCCACCACUCACUGUUGGCGCAAAGACAAUGAUUUGGGCCCUUCCAAAACCUUGCCCCAGAUCCAUCCCAAGCCCUUACCCUCCUUACCCAUACCCCAUCUCCUGGCUCAGCCCUCACAGCCCUUCCAAAUCGCACAGAACCAAGCCAUCGUCUUAUCUCAUCAGAUAUCGCCUCUGGUCAUUCAGGUUGUAAAGAAAUUGUUUAUUUGUAAAGAAUGUGGGAAGACUUUCCGUUACAUGAGUCGUUUGAAACAGCACACACGCAUGGCUCACACGCAGGAAAAACCCCACUGCUGUACGUUGUGUGGAAAGUGUUUUCUUACCGCGAGCAAGUUAAAAACACACCAGCUAAUACACACCGGUGAGAGACCCUACCUCUGUAAUGUCUGUGGUCACUGUUUCAACCAGAGGUCAAACCUCAAAGUACACAUGCAGAGGAAACAUAAAGGUGUGUGACAAUUAUUAUAGCAUACAGUAUAAGGAUUUACAUUCAUAUUUAAAUUUGAGUCAUUUAGAAGACGCUCUUAUCCAGAGCGACUUACAGUUAGUGCAUUCAUCUUAAGAUAGCUAGGUGGGAUGAUGAAAAGGUUAUGUGAGAAUAAGACAGCAAAAAUAAAUGUAUGAUUCAAUAGACAAUAAAGUUGUGUAUAAGACACACAUCUCCCCCACCCCUACACUCAGGUGUAUAUCAGUGGAGGCUUCUGAGGGGAGAACGGCUCAUCAUAAUGGCUGGAACAGCGCAAAUGGAAUGGCAUCAA